AUGGAAUCGGUAAUUGAACCAGUGAAUGGUGGUGGUAAAGGAGGAGCCCAGGAACUAAAGGGUGGUGGGGGCUGGUCGCAGGGACUAAAGGGUGGUGGGGGCUGGUCGCAGGGACUAAAGGGUGGUGGGGGCUGGUCGCAGGAACUAAAGGGUGGUGGGGGCUGGUCGCAGGGACUAAAGGGUGGUGGGGGCUGGUCGCAGGGACUAAAGGGUGGUGGGGGCUGGUCGCAGGGACUAAAGGGUGGUGGGGGCUGGUCGCAGGGACUAAAGGGUGGUGGGGGCUGGUCGCAAGGACUAAAGGGUGGUGGGGGCUGGUCGCAGGGACUAAAGGGUGGUGGGGGCUGGUCGCAGGGACUAAAGGGUGGUGGGGGCUGGUCGCAGGGACUAAAGGGUGGUGGGGGCUGGUCGCAGGGACUAAAGGGUGGUGGGGGCUGGUCGCAGGGACUAAAGGGUGAUGGAGACGGUGUGGGUUGCACACAGGAGCUAAAAGGUGGUAGAAGUUGGGCACAGGAACUAAAGGGUGAUGGGGGCUGGACACAGGAACUAAAGGGUGAUGUGGGCUGGACACAGGAACUAAAGGGUGAUGGGGGCUGGACACAGGAACUAAAGGGUGAUGUGGGCUGGACACAGGAACUAAAGGGUGAUGGGGGCUGGACACAGGAACUAAAGGGUGAUGGGGGCUGGACACAGGAACUAAAUGGUGAUGGGGGCUGGACACAGGAACUAAAAGGUGUUGGAGGUUGGUCGCAGGGACUAAUGGGCGCUGGGGACUGGUCGCAGGGACUAAAGGGCGGUGGGGGCGGGUCGCAGGGACUAAUGUGUAGUGGAGGCGGUGGGGGUUGGUCACUUCCGUUGUGA